CAGACGGGCACGCCAGGCGAGAGUAGCACGGUGGGGUUCGAAUUGGCAAAAACCUUGACAUGACAUUUUCGAAAUGUCCGGCCCCAUGGCAGCAGCGACGGCAAGUAAGCAUCAAAACGAAAUGUGCCGCGCUCCCAUGACACACGAGAAGAGACCAGCCACUGUGAUUUGUGUCGGCGGGACCACAGACAAGCCGCGUUGGGGCAAGUGGACGAAAGAGGAAGAAGCGUACACGGCCCGACUCAUCGCUGACUUCACCGCGGGACUGUUGACCGAUGUCGACAAUGGUACGACAAUGCGGUCGUGGCUCAGUGCCAAACUGCGUUGCUGCCCCAUGCGCAUCUCCAAAAAGUUUGUGGGCGAACACAGCAUUGGCAAGCGCAUGUUUGAGCGCAACGACGCCCGGAUCACGGACAUGACAGACCGCGACAAAGCACAUCGCGCUGCAGAGCUCGACGUACUGCACGCUGCUUUCUGCGAGAGCUGGGCUCGGGAAGAAAGGGAGCGACUCGAACACCAAACGAACGGAACUAGGAAGCGAAAACGCAACAAGCAACCCAAGAAAACAAAGCCGUCGGUCGCGUCAUCUGCCGCCAACAUCGUGAUGACCGUCAAGCGACCUGUGUCGCCGCUGGCAUUCAAGCAUCCUAGUCGAACUUUCGUCGCGCCAGUUCAUGCACGUCCCAAAGCCAUCGUCCUGCAACGAGAACUCGUGCAACAAUCACCCUUGACGCAACCUUCUGCCUUGACCUUGGCUGGCACAUGCGAUCCCCAAGUCCAUGCAUGUACACAAGCCCCUGCCAAAGCAGCGUCGUCGCUACCACAGUCUUUCAUGCAGCCAGCUCCAUGGAUUGCCACUCCCAACGAUCCUGCCGCGAAGUCAACGAAUGCCACCCUCCUCGACCUGCAACAAUCGUUGGCCACUCGAUCCCGCAACCUGAGUGUGGAUUUGACGGGUGGCGACCUGUUUACCAAGACGGCGACUGGCGGGGAGCUCGACUUUACAGAGUUCGCCAUGGACGUGCGGGACGACAGUAGCCAUUCAUUGGACUUGAUGGACACCACGGAUGCAGCAUGUUGGAUGCCGGACCCGUUGGACUACGAGUUGGAUGACGAUCCGUUCGUUGCAUUCGAUGCGGCGGCGGCACUGAUGCUCCCGCCCCAGGUACAAGUUGCGUUUUCUGGCGUGGACCGCGGGAAAAGUAGUGACGGAGAACUCAUGGAUCUGGCACUGUCGCCUACUUCCGUCAUGGACAUGGAGGUGGGGUGGCCAUCGUUGACCAUGGAGUACGACGGGCUGCUCGAGCAUCAGUACUAGAAUGGGGGGCUGCGACCGCAUCGCAAUAGAGCUAGAUUAAUUUGCUAGAGUCUGCCAUGUAUUUGUGUCAA